UAAAUCCGUGUUUAUUCACUGUGUUUUAUUUUGUCUUUUCUCAGUGGUUAUGGAUUGGGCUUCUGUCUACAACUCCUCUACUCCGGAGUCUUUAUCCGACUCCUCUCCCUUUUCCUGCUGUAACGCCUCUCUGCCAGUCUUCUCAGCCUCGUCAUUUUCCCCUCCUCCCUUCUCGGGUCUGGACUUGCUCUUCGACCUUAAACUCCUCUUCAUCCCUCUCUACUCGGCCGUGGUCCUCGUGGCCUGUUCUGGCAACGUCCUCCUGCUCUUUCUCAUAUGGCACAACAACAAAAGACACAACACCACAAACUUCCUCAUCAGCAAUCUGGCCCUGGUCGACCUGGUCAUGUGCAUCUUCUGCGUUCCUUUGACAGCGUCCUAUGCUUUUGACAAGCGUGGUUGGAUAUUUGGAGCUCACAUGUGUCAUUUUGUCUCGGUCAUGCAGUCUGCAGCCGUCUACGCAGCGGUCCUGUCUCUAAUGGCUAUCGCCGUUGACCGUUACGUCGUUGUGGCUUAUCCCAUCCGCAAAAGAGCAGGUUGCCAGUUCUGUUGGGGUCUGGUGGUCCUGAUCUGGCUGUCCUCUCUGGCUCUGUCCACACCUACAGCAUUACAUACGGUCUACCUCGACCUACGCACCACUGGGAUGCAGAUGGCCGUGUGCGAGGAGUUUUGGGACGGCCAGGAACAAGGCCGCAUCAUCUACUCCUGUUUUAUUCUCUUCUUCUCUUAUUUCGUCCCCUUGGCUGCUGUCUCCAUUUCCUACUGUGCUAUAUCACAUCAGCUGAAACAGAGGACUGCGUUGGGUUUGACAGCGUGUCCACAGCUGAGAUGUGCUCGCGCUGCCUGGAGCAGAAGGAGGAGGAAAACCUUCUACCUGUUGCUGGUGUCUGUUCUCUGCUUUGCUUUUUCCUGGCUCCCCUUACAGGUGGUGAAUCUAAUCCGUGAUCUGGACACGGACUUCUCCAUCUUGGGGAAGAACUACGUAAAUGUCAUCCAGGUGUCCAGUCACCUGUUUGCCAUGAGCUCCGCCUGCUACAAUCCCUUUAUUUACGCCUCGUUGCACGAUAAGUUCCUGUCCUACAUGUGCCCUACCAACUUUCUGUCCCGGAGAAGAGGGAAGGGCAAAAGUCAAGGGACAAGCAUCCUGACUGUGUCACGCAGAGCAGUUCGUCUUCACACCAUGUCCACUGUGGUAGAUUUACCAGGUGCUACUGUAAAUAAUAUUGUUCCUCUUGAUAAUUAUGCUUAA